AGCUCGAGCUUUGCGCGCUGCGUGUUGGGGGCUCUGUAGCGCCGGCCGGUAUUGCUUGGCAGGUGGUCGGCCACAAACUAAAACAACAGCAAAUGCACCAUUUCGUGACGAGAAAGGCUGCCCUCAGAUGAUCAAGUAGGGGCUGCCCUUAUCCAUCGGAGCAGGAUGAAAACAGCGGUGCUCCUCCUCGUCGCCGCAGGCACGGCGAAACGCGACGAAGACCUCCACGCCCUCGCCGCGCGCACUCGCACGGAGCACCGCCCCGCCGUCGCGCGGAGCGCGGCGCGAGCCGCCAAAGCGUCGCGCCUCCUCGCGGACCACGGUCACCUGUUGCCCCCCGACCUGCGCGAGAAAGGCCAAGAUCUACUGAACGAGCACGAGUUCCGUCUGCACGCGGCGCUUGACAGCGCGAACCCGGGCCCGGCGCUCGCGGCCAUCGAGAAGAGGGAAGCGGGCUACCUCAAGGCUUUCCGGAAGCUCGGUGGCGAGGGGGCUGUGUCCAAGGCCCGCAAGCUGCCGAAAGACGAAGAGCGCACGAAGCUCCGUGCGACGCGUGAGGUAUUGUUCGAGGCGACGGGGAUCGACGCCGAGGAACCGGUCUGGGGCGCGCCGUUCCGCGCGCUGGAAGGGCUCUUCAGGGCGGGUCACCCGGUGUCCAGCCUCGCCGAACGGGAAGCGCCGAUGGAGGCGCUCGGCGUCAGUGCCAAGUUCUUCGAGGACGGAACUGCUCUAACAAAACGUUACCACGUUGCUCUACAGCCGCCGUGCGACUGCUGGACGUUUGGGCGCGAUGCGGUCAUCAAACAAGCUAAAAUCGUCGCCAAAUCCCUGAAGGCGCCGCCGCUCGUCGACGCGUGGCUCGAUUCCAUCGAGGCCGACGACGCGAGAAAGCUGCCGAGCGUCGGUUUCGGCGUGUCGGUCGAGGACGGCGCGUGCAAGCUCUACGUCCUGAACUACGGCGGCCACGAACUCCCGCCGCUGCCGCUCGUCGACGCCUUACCGCGGACCGCGCGCAAGCAGGACCGGGCGUCUUCGGUCAUGGUCUCGGUCGAGUGGAAGUUCGGCGACAUGAAAACUCAACAGAUGCGCCAGUACGCCGUCGAAGCCGCCUCGGGCGACGUCUCUGUCGCGCGCCAAACGCAAGACGAGCGCUUCGCCGGCGACGAGCUCGUGGCGGCGCUCGACGGCGCGUUCGGGGUCGGGCAGAGCGAGGACAUCGCCGUGACGGCGCCGUUUCAAUACGACAAAGCCACGACGCCGCCGGUCGUCGCCGCGCCGCUCGCGAAGUCGGGCCUCAAGCUGAAGCGCCAGGAUGGUAACAUUGACUCGAACGCCGAGACGGAUGCAAAACUGGCGGCUCUUCUGAAAGCGCCGGGCGCCGACGCUUGGCUCGCGCGGUCGCGCGUCGUGCGACACGCGCUUUCCAACGUGCAGUUCGGCGAGGGCUUCGUCACGCUGUACAGGCACCCGACGGUCUUCGGUUUCGUGGACCCGUCCUCGGCGCCUCAGCACCUCGCGCUGAGAAACGCGCUUGCCAAGAAUACGCGCGCGACGCGGCGGCGGCUCGACGAGACCCGGUCCUCGAGCGGGUACCUAGACGACGUGACGCACUGCGACGAGGCCAUCGAGCUAUUCCUGGACCGCGCCGUGUGACUCGGUGUCCAUCGGCAAGUUUGUGUAGUGUCGCGGGCUCUCCUCCCACCCCACCCGCAUUCACGCAGGUCUGGGGCGCCAACGAACUCGACUCGACGUGCAAGCGGGACAGCGACCUCGCCGCGAACGCGGGGACCUGUCCGAUCUCGUGCCAGGACGACGUCGCGUGCCUGGUCGUGGCCUGCUCCGACUGCGCUCUCGUGGACGUGGCCUGCGACGAGGCCAUCGACACGGCGGCGUAUCCCGAGCUCGCGCGCCACGUCGGCGGCGACGUGGACUUGUACGACGACCUCGACAUCGAAGACGUCCCGGCGGGCAAGAUCGUGCGGCUGCCGUGCGGGGACAGCGGGCUGUUCAACACAAUGAAUCUCUGGGGCCCAGAUGGCUGCAAGUACCCCUACUACGGAUUUAUGCCGGUCGACACGCUCUGCGACGAGUGCUCGUCGAUGUACGCGGCGCGGGAGGCGGUGCUCGACGGCCUCUGGGACGGCCCCUGCAACGAGGACGAUCCGCCGGGGGACGACGACUCGCUGACGCUGCCGUCGAACUACCCCGGCUGCGGCUGCGACUGCGCGGACUUUCUCCGGCGCGACCUUUCCUGCACGUCCGAAUCGUGCGUCAACGUCGCCCAGGCGUACGCAGCUUCGAAUACCGUGUGCGCCGGCGACAAGCUGCGGUGGGACACGACCUCGUCGUCCACAGGGUGCGAGACGUACGGCGCCGGGUCGCCGCUGACGGGCAGCGCGUGCCUGGACGCAGCCGGCGCCGUCCCGAACGCGACGUGCUACCGGACGCCGGCCGCGAUCUCCGAACCUGGCUUCCCGUGGCCGUGGCCUGACGUGUGCUAUCACAUGCAGCGAGAUGCCGCGCUCGGACGGCGCGCCUCGGCGCUCGCUCUCGUCGGCGCAAUCGUGAUGAUGGUAUAACCUACCAGUGUAAUAGUGGAUUCCCGAGGA